GAAGGAAUUGCCCCUUUUCAACCACCUUUGAGCCAGUAUUGAACAGUAAAGUAUGGCUGAUAAAGACCCAACACAAGAUGGCAGUAAAAAGAAAGCACGGACGUUUGAUUUCAUGGCUAUGUUUGAGGAGGCCAAGAAAACAGCCAUGGAGAGAUCACAGCCAUCACUAGAUGAAGACAAAGAAGACACAGUAAAAACUGGCAAAGGGCCCAGCUCAUCGAGCAGUAGCGGAUCUGACUCUGAGAGUGACUCUGGUUCAGACUCCAGUGUCUCUGAGGAUGAAAUGAUUGGUCCUCCCCUUCCACCAGGUACCAAACCUGCACAGAAAGCCACUGGCCGGACAGAGGCACCUGAAGAUGACAUGGUGGGUCCUCCACUACCCCCAGGCUUUAAGGCCCCUGACUCGAGCGGUCACACUCUGAAGAGGUCCCAUGGAAAGAGUGUGGAGGGAGGCAGAGGGCAGUCAGGGGCAGUGUCCAUACAGAGAGAGAGGGGUGAGGAUGAGGAUGAAGAUGGGGAUAGUGAAGAGGAGGAGGAGGAGGGCCUAACAAGUCGUAUUCCAGAAAGUCACGAGACAGAGCUGGAUCAUGGGGACAAAACAGUAUCUGCUCUUGCCCUGGACCCGUCUGGAGCUCGUCUUGUCACAGGAGGGUUUGACUACAAUGUCAAAUUUUGGGACUUUGCUGGCAUGGAUAGCUCUUUUAAGUCCUUCAGACAGCUGCGUCCUUGUGAAUGUCACCAGAUCAAAACCCUUGAGUACAGCCCUACUGGAGAGGUCAUUCUUGUUGUGGCUGGCAACUCACAGGCUAAGGUCAUAGACCGAGACGGCUUUGAGAAGAUGGAGUGUGUGAAAGGAGACCAGUACCUGGUGGAUAUGGCCAGUACCAAGGGCCACACAGCCAUGUUGAACUCCGGCUGCUGGAAUCCGAAAAUCAAGGAGGAAUUUCUCACAUGUGCAAAUGAUGGAACAGUGAGGUUAUGGGAUGUGAAUCAGGAGCGUAAACAUAAGAAUAUAAUCAAGACAAAGUCCCAGCAGGGCAGGAAGACAAUUCCCACAACGUGCACGUACAGUAACGAUGGGCGAUAUGUGGCUGCAGCGUGCCAGGAUGGAUCCAUACAGAUCUGGGAACAUAGCAGGUUUUUUGUAAAUGUGGCUUUGAAGAAUAGAAAUGCUCACAUGAACGGCAGUGACACGUCAUCAUUGAAAUUCUCUUAUGAUGGAAAAGUCUUAGCCUCAAGGGGAGGUGAUGACACCCUGAAAUUAUGGGACAUCAGAAAUUUUAAGCAGCCACUCCGAGUGAAACAAAAUUUGUGUAAUUAUUUCCCCAUGACAGACUGUUUGUUCAGCCCUGAUGACAGGCUGGUUGUUACUGGCUUAUCUGUGAAGAAGAACGAAGCAGCAGGAAAACUUGUGUUUCUGGAUAGAGAGACUCUAGAUAUUGCUCAUUCUAUGGAUGUCACCACUUCAAGUGUUGUGCGCUGUGUCUGGCACCCCAAACUGAACCAGAUUGUGGUGGGCUGUGGGAAUGGGAAGGUGAAGUUGUACUAUGAUCCUAAGAAGAGUCAGAGAGGUGCCAUGCUGUGUGUGGUGAAGACAAAGAGGAAGACCAAGCAUGUGGAGGUCAUGGCAGACAAACACAUCAUAACACCUUAUGCCUUGCCAAUGUACCGAGAAGGCCGGCCUACCAGUACAAGGAAGACAGAGGAGAAGUUACGGAAAGAUCCAGUCAAGAGUCGAAGACCAGAAUUGCCAGUCACCGGUCCAGGGGAGGGAGGCCGAGUGGGAGCUAAGGGAGCCACUUUGUCACAGUACGUUGUCCAGCAAUUGGUGCUGAGGAAGCCAGAUGCUGCCGAUAAGGACCCCAGGAAUGCCAUUCUGCGGCAUGCCAAGGAGGCCUCCGAGAACCCCUACUGGAUAGCUCCUGCCUACGCAAGAACUCAGCCAAAAGCGAUUUUCCAGGAAGAGGAGGAGGAGGAGGAAGAAGAAACAGACACAGAACCUUUGUGGAAAAAAGCAAAGCUCACUCAGUGAUUGAUUAGUGAU